GGAGCGCUGCGGAGCUGGUUGAGCUCGUGUCGAUUCAUUCUCGAAAGUUCCAGAAGCUGGUAGAUGGAAAGUUUAUAUAUAUAUGGACGACGAGGUUACGCGACAGUUUAGUACGAUUUGGUACGCGCGCAGGAGCGUUAAGAGUUGUUUGAAUUUUUUGGCGAUUAUUCAUUGUCAACUGUCGCAAACCUACGUGUUCUUGUGCUCCGAAACGUGCCCUCGAGGAAUAGUCACGCUAUAGCGAAAAAUAAAACGGUAGACGAAGGAAAUGGGGAAGGACUAUUACAAGAUACUCGGCAUAGCCAAGGGAGCGAGUGACGAAGAAAUAAAAAAGGCUUACAGAAAAUUAGCCUUGCGAUAUCAUCCUGAUAAGAACAGAAGCCCAGGUGCUGAAGAAAAAUUCAAAGAAAUAGCCGAGGCGUACGAGGUUCUGUCAGAUGCGAAGAAGAGGGAGGUUUAUGAUAAAUUUGGCGAGGAAGGUUUAAAGGGAGGCGCCUCGGCCGGCGGAGGUGGAGGAGGUGCUACGUAUACCUUCCAUGGCGAUCCUAGAGCGACGUUUGCUCAAUUCUUUGGCUCGGCCAGCCCUUUUCACAAUCUGUUUGAGUUCGCUGGUAACCGUGGAGGAUUCGCCUUUCAUGAUGAUGACAUGGAUAUCGACGUGGAUCCUUUUGGAUUCGGUGGCAUGGGACCCCCGCGACAAGGUGGUGCCUUUAGAUCACAUUCGUUUAACUUUGCCAGCCCGAACACUGGUAAAGGAACUGGCAAAGAUCGUGCUCAGGAUCCGGCCAUCGAACACGAUUUAUACAUCAGCUUGGAGGAAAUUCUACGUGGUUGCACCAAGAAGAUGAAGAUAUGUAGACGAGCCAUACAGCCAGACGGUAGCACCAAAAAGGAAGACAAACUUCUCACCAUCAAUGUAAAGCCAGGUUGGAAAGCCGGCACCAAGAUCACUUUUCAGAAGGAAGGUGAUCAGUCGCCGAGGAGGGAACCCGCGGACAUUGUUUUUAUCAUCAGAGACAAACCACAUCCGCUAUUUAGGAGAGAAGGCAGUGACAUUAGAUAUACUUGUAAACUGAGCUUAAAGCAAGCUUUGUGUGGUACUGUCGUCGAAGUUCCUACGCUAACCGGCGAAAAGAUACCUUUGAAUCUGACGAGAGAAAUUGUCAAGCCGAACACUGUCAAAAGGUUCCAAGGACACGGUCUACCUUUUCCCAAAGAACCGUCGCGGAAAGGCGAUCUUCUUGUGUCGUUCGACAUCAAAUUCCCUGAAACUCUAACGCAAAGCGCCAAGGAUAUAUUGUAUGACACGUUACCCAAUUGAACUCGUAUUAUCGACCGAAACACGCGUAUGACAUAAGAAAUAUCAACGCAAUUUCACAUCUUUAAUCGGUCCAAUCGAUGAAAGCAUGGAUACGUUUUAUGUACGUUCUAGUACAUGAAGAGAUGCCAAGGCAUAGUGACAAUGACAAGGACGACAACGAUGACAAUGAUGACUGUGACGAAAUGAUUAAAAACGAUUAAACAUUUCUGCGAUUUGCUCUUAGAGAUCAAAUCAAAGAUAAAUAUGUAUUUACUUCACCAUUCAAUUUAGUUAAAAUUCAGCGACUUGGUGUCUAUGUAACGUGAUUGGUCUCUAAUACAGUUUGGUCAAUCGAUUAAAGACGUAAAAAAUAUACAGAUAUAAAUAUAUUAAAUUAUAAAAUUAUUCUAGAGAAUCUAUUGUAUCACUAAUUUCAUGUGGUUGUCGUGUCUGGAUCACUUUGUUUUCUCCACUAUACAUAUUAGGCAUAUGUGCAUGUAUGCGUGAGUAUGUGUGCGGUAUAUAUGUAAGGUGUGUAAGAUAACGCGAGCGCAAUGUCAGAGAUGUCAUCCAUUUCAUCUAAACGAAUUUCAAAUUUGUGAUGUAUUCAGCGAUAUUAAGCAUAGUUAUUGAAAAAAAAAGGAAAAUGAAAAGGCAAAAACGAUAAAACAAAAAUUUCAUAUAUUGUAACGACUCUUGUACAUUAUUUUUAUCGUACAUACACUUUGUCUAAUAUAAAGAAUUUUUGUUUACAUUAAAUAUCGCAAGACAAACUGACAAAUAUAGGCUCACGAUAGUUUCUGAUGUCGAACCAAUGUCUCAUUAUAUAAUUGCUACUAAGUUUCAUGGUUGAGUAAUUAUUUGCACGCUAAAUAUGAAGAAAUAUUAAGUUA